AUGCGCUCCACACCACCGCUGCUGGCCCAUCGUCUCAUGGCCGCCGGCGCCAGUUCCCAUCAUAUCGGCAACACCCCCCAGGUGAAUCCAGGCACCAGUUCGACUUCGUUCUCUGCUCAUGACGGAGCCGAUAGCAUGUCUAUCAGUGAAGACCAAGACGACGGCAUACCGGACCUUGAUCUUGCCAGCCAUGGAUUCAGCCAGGACAGUGGGGUGAGCAACCUACCAGAGGACCACAUCUUUCACCACACCCCGAUGGCGCAAGAUCCAAACCCAUCAUCAUCAUUACAGGGAAUCUCGGGCAAUUAUUUCAAUGUCGUCGACCAAGCUGAUGGCUCGUCGGCAUCUUCUGGCGUCGUGUCUAAUUCACCCUCAAGCAUUUGGCUUGAUGACGAUAUCAUGAGCGAGGGCGAGAGCAACAUCAACGAAGGAGGUAAUAGUUUAUACCCCUCGCAUAUUGGUUCUUUUUUCAAUAGCCUCCAACCGAUUCAUUCAAAUAGUUCGUCUGAAGUAGACAUGGAGGAAGUUGACAUUGAUGGACCCAACGGCUCAGAUCCAGACUUCACGGAUGAAGACGAGGCCGCGCCGCACCCAUCCCCACCCCCGGGACCUCACAACAACACCUUUGGCUUCCCUUUGGGAUAUCCCGGCGUUAAUGGUUUGGCCAUAGUUCCGACGACAUACUCACUAAACCCUCUCGGAUACGCAUACUCGUUCCCUAAUGCCCCGCCUCUGGCCCCUGGUGAGGAUGAUCUCCCACCACUAAUGCUAAGCUCAGGGAGUGCCGAAACUACAGGGUCUCAAAACUAUGGGUUACUUGACUUUCUUCGUUAUUGGGCUCGCUAUGGCUCUUUUCAUAGGAGACAAAACCCCAACUUCACAGUCCCGAAUACUCACCGCAUGAUGGACCAGAUAAGUCGGAGUGUAAGAGGAGUUUCAUAUUCAGAUCUUAAUGGAGACAAUUGCGAUAUGCAAGGCCUCGACUGGGAAAGCAUGGGAGUGACUCGGAAGACAGCGAGGAUCACACGAAACCAAUCCUACAAGAAUUAUGUCAACAUCCCAGGGUCGGAUACUAUUACGACAACCGAGUCAGACACUUUUAUCCCCCCAUCGGAGAGCUACUUUCGAUAUCGCCAAACGAUCAUGCGCUCAGAUGUUCAUCUGUCCCAUUUCCAGCUCCGUUCCGUCCUCGCCUGCCCCUCUCGGUCACAGGUCUACUACGCAACCCGCCGAGGUAUCAAUCGACUGAACCCUGUAUCGAAGAGAUCGGACUUGGUCAUGAAUGUCAGAUCCCACGGUGCAUCGCAACGUACUGUCACAGCUCUUGACGCAACUUCGGAGGUGCUGGUGGGUGGAACCUUCAACGGAGAUUACUGCAUCAAACCAAUCCACGCCGAGGACACCCAGAGGCCCUCUGAAGGCCAGAUUACUGGCGAUUCGGGCUCCAUCACUACUCAUAUCCAAAUCCAUACCCCGCGCCGUUCGUCAUCGCCCGUUGCCGCGAUCGCCAGCAACGAUAAUGGCCUGAGAAUGUUGGACCUGACAACCGAGCAGUUCAUCUCGGAAACAUUUUACCCCUCCGCUUUGAACUGUUCUGCUAUCUCGCCGGAUCGUCGACUUCGGGUACUUGUAGGUGAUACCCCAGAUACAAGCAUCGUCAACGCCGACACAGGUGCAGUCGAGGUGACGCUCAAGGGUCAUCGCGAUUACGGGUUUUCCUGCGACUGGUCCGACGACGGGGUGACCGUGGCAACAGGCUUCCAGGACAGGCGUGUCAAGAUUUGGGACGCCCGGAAGUGGGCUGAUUCCAGCGGCAAUAGCACUCCAGUCAUGAGCAUACUAUGUGAGCUGUCCAGUGCCCGAAGCCUAAAGUUUUCACCACUUGGUAGUGGUGAACCAGUCCUCGUUGCGGCAGAGGAGGCGGAUUACAUCAACAUAAUCGACGGUAAGACGUUUCGGAAGAAACAGACCAUCGACCUAUUCGGAGAGAUUGGCGGCGUAGCCUUCGCCGAGGAAGGCCAACAACUCAAUGUCUUGGUCAGUGACACCCGCAGAGGUGGCCUCAUUCAAUUCGACAGAUGUGGGCUGCUUCAGUCCAGUCGAUUUACCUACCCUCUUUCAACUCUCCGGCAUUUCUAG